AUGGCGGCAUCUGCACGCAUGGUGAGCUCGCGCUCUGGCCCGAAGAAGCACCCAGUCGUAAUUGAUCUCGGCAGCGCUUUCAUCAGGUGCGGUUUCGCCGGCGAACCGCGGCCGAUCCACGUCGUCCCGUCCCCCAUCGGCGGCGAUGGCGACGGCGAGGACUCGGCGAGGACGGAGCAAGAGUGGGUGGAAGUCCUGACCGGGGUGCUGCAGAGGCUGUACACGGAGAGCCUGCAGUGCCGCCCGAGGGUGCCCUCCCUUCACAUGUGCGCCGGCCCCGCGCCCGCCCUGUUCUGCACCGGAGUGGACACUGGCAUGGUCUUGGACAUCGGGCGAUCAGAAGCGCACGUUGUUGCUGUUUACAGAGGCGCCACUCUCACAAGCUCGUACGCAGGGGUACCACUCGGGUGUCGCGCGGUCCAGGAGCGCGUGAGAGAGCUCCUCAUCGAGGAAGAGGAGCAAGCGGUGGGGGACGGGGGCGGCGCGAGGCCCCUAACCUCCCGAGAGGUUGAGGACGUGGUGGUGCGGGCGUGCUUGGUGCCUGUUGGAGGUGUACCCUCGCCUGACCAGGUGUCGCCCAUGGAGUUGAUGUUUGCGGGUCAGAGAAGAGUUGUCGUAAGCGGCGCCACCCGCACUACGGCCGCCGAGCAGGCGUUGUUCGAAGGGGACGAAGAGGGACGAAGCCUCGCCACCCUGGUGCUGGACUGCCUCAAGCGGUGUCCAAGGGACUGCCGUAGAGCUCUCGUGCAGAACGUGCUUGUGGCGGGCGGCGGGGCGGUUCUCCCCGGCCUGCCCGCGCGCCUCGCCCAAGAAAUCGAAGCUCUCGCCACCGCCGCCGCCGCGCCGCCGCCGCCGCUGGGAAGUUCCGAGGGGUACUCGUGGGCGCGCGCCGCAGUCUGCGGGGACCCCGGAGGCUUGUGCGUGGUGAGGGUACCCGUGCGGCGAGAUCACCUGGUCUGGACGGGGGCGUCCAUCAUGGCUUCGCUUGGGGGCAUCGCGGACAGGAGUCUGACGUGCGAGCAGUACCUCGCGCGGCGGGGCGAAGGGGGGGGGCGGUUGUUGCCGGACUGGAUGUCGGUUUCGUCCGCGGACUGGCUGUUCGAGGGAGGGGGUGCUGCCGCGGCUGCUGUACACAGCAGCAGGGUUUCCGCUUAG